UUUCGAUUACUGAAUCUAACGGGCGUUAGGACCAGGUGACCAUCACUAGCAGAGGGCUGUUGGCUGUUACUGGUAAACAUGGCCGACCAAAACAAGACAGACACUGACUCAAAGUUUUACAAUGAAGUAUUAAGUCCAUCUGAACUGUUUGCAGCCCGGUCCAGGAGUCAUAAGAUCCCGGUGAGAGGACAGAAAGACUUCUUCCCUGAUGACUCAGACGAGCAAAGACAGCGGCUUGAGCAGAGUCUCAAUGAGCACUGGAGCCUCAUAUCCGAGGAGCGAGUGGAGAAACUGGGAAACCUAGUGAAGGCCACAUGGAUUCCAAGUGAGAACAUCGUGGAGCUUCAGUCUCCAGCUGGGAAGUUUUGGCAGACGAUGGGAUUUUCUGCUGGCGGCAAGCAGUUUCUCUUCCCUGAAGAGGCUCUCUACCUGAUGGAGUGUGGGAACGUGCAGGUGUUCUACCAGGAGCUGCCACUGUCCAUUCAGGACGGGUAUGAGACAUUUCUGUACUCAAGCACAUUGAGGCUCCAGGAAUAUCAGGUGUUUGGGCAUUUGAAGAGGCUUGGCUAUUUGGUGCACAGGUUCCAUCCCAGUUCUGAGACAUCGUCCUAUGCGAAGCAGCUGAACCUUCCUCAGUCACGUGACAGAGCAGGGAAACAGCUGAAGAGAAAGCGCAGCGCCAGCCCCAUCGCAACAUCCAGUCACACUGAAGCACAAGAAGAAUCUACAGCUGACAGAAUGGAGGAGGAUACAUGCGGCCAAGAAGGUCAGGAGGAUAAAAAACUUCCAGAGUCCCAUCUGACUAUUUCUCCAGAAACUUCAAGCACCCAGACCGCCACUGCAAGUCCAGGAAACAAGGGUGGGGUCAGGACCUGGUGGAUGCUGGAUGAUGUCGGGGAGCGAUCUGAUCACCAGCCCGCCUCUGCUGCCUCACGCUGGGACUUCAGCUCCAUCUCCUUCCCUGACUUGGGCUCCAGCAGGGAGCGCCUCUCCAGCUGCCUGGUAUCACCUGACCCCUCUCUGCUCCCUGGGGCUCUGGCAGUGGGGGUCUGUGACGUCGACCCCUGGAGGACCAGGAUCAACCUGCGGGAUGUCAAGAUGUCCUCGAAGGAGCAGAUGAGAGAAGAGGAGAAGCGAAGGCAUCGCUCGGACAAGGACAGAGAGGUCAGGCGCUGCAGUAACUGGGCGGAGUAUCGGCAGCUGAUGGAGAGGCGGCAGGGGAGGAGGAGUAAAGGCCGAGCGACACACCUGUGGGACGGGGAGGUCACUCCUUUACAUGACCCGAGACAACCAAUUCCCACUGGGGAGCUGCUAGAUAAAAUCAGUGUGAUUAAAUCUACACAUUUGCUUGAGGGAGCGUCCAGGUUACAAGCAUCAGACGAGUGGAGGAUUAGUUUCAAUGUUUAUCAGCCUGACACGGUGGCUGACUUCAAGAAGAGCAACCCGGGGAAACCUUACACACGGAUGUGUGUGUGCAGAUGCUUUGGGGACCCCCAGUAUCGGAGGUUGCCCUCCACUGAAAGGGGGAUGGUUACCAGACGUCGUUUGUGCCUCUUGGGAUCUAAAAGAAGGCUGGCAAACCACCUCUGCAGGCGACGCAUAUGCAGUAACCCCAGCGGUACCACGAGCUUCGACGGCCCUGUGCCCGAUCUGCGAGCCAUCAAGCAGCUGGCCUUCCAGAGUGGAGACGUCCCGGUGGUGUUUGCUGUGGUAGACUACGGAGACAUCUCCUUCUACACCUUCAAAGACUUCCAGCUGCCCACUGACGUGUUCCCCUGAGAUAUCACUGCUCUUUAACAUCACUGUAAAAUAGAGCAACACACACAAAUUCAUCUGCAUUAGCUGGACAUGCAAGGAAAAUGAAUUCAAUUGUUGAUUUUUCCAGACGAAAAUAUAAAGCUUGAAAGAGUUA